AUGGCGUCGCCGUCGCCGCUGCUGCAGCUGCCGGCGCGCGUGGAGGCUCUGAGCGGCCUCUCCGCCAUCCCGCUCGAGUACGUCCGCCCCGCCGACGAGCGAGCCGGCCUCGGGGACGCCUUCGACCUGGCGUGCACCCAUGCCAACGACCACACCGCGCCGCGGAUCCCCGUCGUCGACAUCUCCCCCUUCCUGGACGCCACCAGCAGCCAGCAGCAGCGGGACGCGUGCGUGGAGGCCGUGCGCGCCGCCGCCGACGACUGGGGCGUCAUGCACAUCGCCGGCCACGGCAUCCCCGCCGAGCUCAUGGACCGCCUCCGCGCCGCCGGAGCCGUCUUCUUCUCCCUCCCCAUCCAGGACAAGGAGGCCUACGCCAACGACCCCGCCGCCGGCCGCCUGCAGGGCUACGGUAGCCGCCUCGCCACCAACACCUCCGGGCAGCGCGAGUGGGAGGACUACCUCUUCCACCUGGUGCAACCCGAUGGGCUUGCUGACCACGCGCUCUGGCCCGCGCACCCGCCCAACUACGUCCCCGCCACCCGCGACUUCGAGGCAGGAGACGAACAUGAACAGAAGCAGCAGGACCUCGACCUCCUCCUGCAGUUCAAGAUCAACUACUACCCGAGGUGCCCACAGCCGGAGCUGGCCAUCGGCGUCGAGGCCCACACGGACGUCAGCGCCCUCUCCUUCAUCCUCCACAACGGCGUGCCGGGGCUGCAGGUGCUCCACGGAGGCCGCUGGGUCACGGCGCGCGACGAGCCGGGCACCAUCAUCGUGCACGUGGGCGACGCCCUGGAGAUCCUCAGCAACGGCCGCUACACCAGCGUCCUCCACCGCGGCCUCGUCAACCGGGAGGCCGUGCGCAUCUCCUGGGUCGUCUUCGCCGAGCCGCCACCGGACGCCGUGGUGCUGCGCCCGCUGCCGGAGCUCGUCACGGCAGACCAGCCCGCGAGGUUCACGCCGCGCACAUUCAAGGAGCACCUGGAUAGCAAGCUUUUCAAGAAGAAACAGCAGGAGCAGCAGAAAGCAAAGGAGGAGGAGUAUGGCAAUGGUGUCCACCACCACGACGAGCCGCUGCCUCAGACUCAGACCAACUGA